UUUCCCCAAUUACCCAAAUACCAAUUCGGUACUAUAGUAACAACGGAAUGACCAAAAUCAAACGGUUCUCUCUCUUCUUCAUCUUCUUGUGAAACAGUUAACUACUCUCGACUUCAUUCUACCCCAUGAACUCUACGGCAAUGGCCAGCACAGCUUCUCUAUCUCUCCGCCCUUCUUCUCUCAGCUUCACUACCUCCGACCGCUCCUCCCAUUGUCCCUCGCUUCCACCUUCUUCCUCUUCUAGUUUCUUCUCCGGUGGGACCCCUUUGUGGACUCACAAGAAGCUUAUAUCUCUUUCCUUUUCUAUUUCCUCACAGUAUAAUAAGAAGAUUUCAGCACGACGCUUUGGAAGAUUGGUGGUGGUUGCUGCCGCUGAUUAUUACUCCACUCUUGGGGUCCCAAAAUCUGCUAGCAGUAAAGAUAUUAAGGCCGCUUAUCGAAGGUUAGCUCGCCAGUAUCACCCGGAUGUCAACAAGGAACCUAAUGCACCAGAAAAGUUUAAGGAGAUUAAGGAUGCUUAUGAGGUACUUUCGGAUGACAAAAAAAGAGCAUUAUAUGAUCAAUAUGGUGAAGCCGGGGUGAAAAGUACGGUAGGGGCCCAAGCAGGGGCUUACACGACAAAUCCUUUUGAUCUAUUUGAAACAUUCUUUGGACCUUCUAUGGGUGGUUUUGGAAUGGAUGGAUCUGGGUUUGGAACGCGUCGCCGCAGUACUGCUACCAAGGGUGAAGAUCUACGUUACGACAUGACAUUAGAAUUUUCAGCGGCUAUCUUUGGAGCAGAAAAAGAAUUCGAGCUUUCACAUCUUGAAACUUGUGAAGUUUGUGCGGGAACUGGAGCAAAAGUAGGCUCCAAAAUGAGGAUAUGUUCAACCUGUGGUGGCCGAGGUCAAGUUAUGAGGACUGAACAAACACCUUUUGGCAUGUUUUCUCAGGUUUCUGUCUGCCCAAACUGUGGUGGGGAUGGUGAAAUGAUUUCUGAAUCUUGUCGUAAAUGCUCUGGCGAGGGGCGGAUUCGAGUGAAGAAAGACAUAAAAGUCAAGAUACCUCCUGGAGUGAGCAAGGGCAGUAUCCUCAGAGUUGCUGGUGAGGGUGAUGCAGGUCCUAGGGGGGCCCCGCCUGGAGAUCUUUUUGUUUAUCUUGACAUUGAAGAGAUACCUGAGAUCCAAAGAGAUGGCAUAAAUCUGCUUUCAACAGUUUCAGUUGGUUAUCUAGAUGCUAUACUUGGGGCUGUUGUUAAGGUUAAAACAGUGGAAGGGAUGACCGAUCUCCAGAUUCCUCCAGGCACUCAACCUGGUGAUGUGCUUGUCUUGGCAAGAAAAGGUGCACCGAAGCUGAAUAGGCCAUCAAUACGUGGCGAUCAUUUGUUCACGAUUAAAGUUAGCAUACCAAAACGCAUCAGUGUGAAGGAACGUGAAUUGCUUGAAGAACUUGCAUCCCUAAAUAAGGCAUCAAGCAUUCGUACAAAACCUCGACCAACAGUUCAGCCAACUGCUAAAACUACAGAAACUCCAGUAGAUUCAGAUUCAAGUACAGCAAAAACCGAUGAGUCAUCGGAAGAUCAAGAUGAUCCAUUGAAGAAGUUAACAGAUUUUGCUGGGUCUGUCGUGAAUGGUGCACUAAAAUGGUUAAGAGACAACCUGUAAUCCUCAGUUAUGGGAUACUGCUUCAUACAAUCCUCUUUUAUACAGCAGUGGCAUUGAAUUUUAUGAUCCUCAGAAUAGCCUCUAUAGGAUCUUGCGGCGCUUUAUUUCUUAGAAUAACUUUUUGUUGAUUCUGCCCGAGAAAUUGAAUCCAGCCACCCAUUUUUUUUUAGGAAACCUGAUUCUUCGCCCUUGUAAAUUUUGGCAAUACUUCUUCUCCACCUCAAACAGGUCCAUGAGUUGGAUUCUAACAGCUAAAUUGUUAUGUAAGAAAAUUUGUAUGUCACAAGCAUUUACCAGAAACGAAGAAAAGUCGGAGCAUUUUGGAUUUCCUUGUAUCUUAAUGGAGUUAGAUUGCUAUUUGCUUC